CUUCCCAGCGGUAAUGAAUCCACAAUAUCCACGACAUCCAUAAGGACCUGGCAGCAGAGCGUCAUUUGUUUAUUUGAACGAGUAAUGUGACGUUGUAUCGCAUACCGCUCAAAAUGGAGCUAGACAUAGACAGAAAGCUUGGAGCAGUCUUCGGCUCUUUUGACGGUUUCAUAGAGCCUAUGUUGGAGAUCCAGGAGAACAUCAUGCUGCGUGCUGAUUUCUCACAAUGGGCUGACAGCCUCCGAUUCAUAGAGGUUCCCAGGAUCAACACACCUGAGCUGGACGACUUUUGCCGGACGAAACUGCUGAACUUGACAAAUAAGGGUGAAUUUCCGGGAGAGAAGAACUACCUCGCAGUUUCGUACUGCUGGGAUUCUUUCGAAGUGUCCGAUGGAACACGUGCUUGCUCGCCUUACAAAAUUCGAACAGACAGGGGUAUCCGACCAAUCAGGGCACCCAGUAGUGUUCUUGAGAGGUCCGUAUCCUGUGCUAUUACACGCGGUGUUCGCUUCGUGUGGAUCGACCAGGAAUGUAUCGACCAAGAUGAUUCCAAUGACUUGGAACAAGGCAUCCAGUAUAUGGACCAAGUCUAUCAAACUGCUACACACUCUGUCGGACUGUUGAGCACAAAAUUCUACGCCGAGUCGACCUUGCGAACAUUUACUCGAAUUCUGUCCCACAUACGGAAUAAGUCUAACCGUUCAGACAAUUCCUGGCAGACUUCUUGGCAUGAUCCGGUUGACCCACAGAGCCUGUUAGACGUGAACCAUUUCUUAUUCCAAAUUUCAUCCGACAGGUGGUUCCGUCGCAAUUGGACAUACCAAGAAGCAAGUUGUACUCAGGGUCAGAUGCAACUACUCAUACCGCAUGCAUCAGGCCAACAGCUUUUGAUCACCGACGGAAGCCUUAACGAAGUUUCUUUGCGGCUCUGCGAGCUUUUCGACGUCGUCUCGGUGAUUAGAGCCACGGUAGAUAAAUUCCUACCUCAAAUACCGUCAGGAGUUAAGAAUAUAGGCAUGGAGGCGAUGAGCGGGCUGUAUGUGCAAGCUUGGGAACAGCAUUUACGAAAAACACGUCCACAGAGCUACGAAGUCGCAAGUCAGAUGAGCUAUAGAGACAACUCAGUGGUCACAGACCGGCUUGCCAUCACAGCGAAUCUGUGCGACUAUUCAAAAAUCAUCGACCCUUCUUCGUUGAGGCUAAGGCAAUACACCUACAGCGUAUGUGCGUUCGCGCUAGCUUUAGUCAAUGGGGCUAUCAUUCCUUCGGGCCGCUCGAACCUAUUCGCGUCUACAGGCAAGCCAAUUUACCGCUGGCAGGAUCUGAAAAUUUACGAUUUCAUUGCUUUCCCAAAGUACAUAUCUACGCACGCCCAUCCUGGUCGUGUUGAGCAGCGCUUUGCCGACGUUAAAAUUAGGAGAGAGGGUUUGGAAACGUCCGGAUGGCUCUGGAUAGUUGACAGAAAGAUCGAGCUUCGAAAGGAGUUUACCACGGACCACUACCACAUGAGCCACUGGUUUUUUGAUCUGUUGGAAAGCCUCCUCGAACGAGGUUAUCUCUGGUGCGGCAGGCUUGACGGCGAAGAGGAACCUAGCAGUGUAUUCCAUUGUGAGAGUACGGUGACGGUGUUCACAGGCAGCGCAACUAGCUUUGUCAACAUCCCUAGGCCCUGGAUGGCUCAAAACUUCAUAUCUUCUGAGGUUAUCCCAGGGGCUCGGGCAGCGGACGGAGUUACUGAACUGGUGCAUACGAUGGAAAACAUUAAUGGGGCUUGGUAUCCAGUGGGAAAUUCGAGCAGGAGAUUCCUCUUUCCAUGGGGCGACCAAUGA